AGAGCCCGUCUCCUUCUUCCUCUUUCCGGUUCCUAGGGUUUUCAGCUGUGUCAGUGAGCCCUAAAUUAGCUUGCGGCAGCCUCUCCGUCAGCGAGGAUUCAGCAGGAUGGGCGGUAAGUGCCCCCAUAGGAAGGUGAAGAAGAGAAGGCUCUCUCACAAAACAGCCCGCCUCUCCAAGUUCCUCAAAAAAGGCGACGAUGCGGUUUAUGAGGAGCUGAACAAGCCGGAGGAUCUGCGGCAGCCUCUUCCUGUUGAUGAGGACCUCCCAGGGAUGGGCCAAUACUAUUGCUUACACUGCGAUCGAUAUUUUGCAAAUGUCACCGUUCGGGAUGAGCAUUUCAAGACGAAGCGCCACAGGAAACGUGCAAAGCAAAUGAUGGGCCCUGCCCCGCACACACAACUCGAUGCGGACUUGGCUGCUGGAAUGGGCAUGCCCGAUAAUGGCCCGAAACUUAUGUCAAUGUGAUCCCCAAGUUUUACCUGCUCUAAUCUGUGCUGAUUGAAGUUUUGCCUUUCAGCUGCUUACAUUUUAGUUAUGUUGGAUUUUAUCCCGAGUAAUUCUAAGCAUUAGUUAUAGAUUACUGUUGUAGAUGCGUGUGUUCCAGUCAUUCAUCUCGAUAUUGCAUGUCUCUUCCAGACAAUGUCCAUAGCACCUGUAUCUCCGUUGAUGAUGAGCAUCAUACAGUGUAUCAAGUAUUUCCAAGUCUCUUCA